AUGUUCUCGGUUGCACGUAGAUUUACCUCAUCAAGUCAUUUGGCUUCCGUAUACAAGGCUCAAAGUACCAAGACUCUCUUCGCUAAGAGUGCUAAAUUUGCUCAAAAUGCCAACAAAAGCCAUCAUCUCUUGUCCCAAGUGGGUGUGGUACAAAAAGCCUUCUCUCACGACGUGAAUAUUAACAUACAAUUUGGUUUUGAAAAUCCACAACAAGUCGUCGAUUUGUUGAAGGAACAAGGUGGAAAGGUGGAGGAAACCAACAAAUAUACCGUUACAUACUACGAUAGCGUUCCACAAGAUGAAGUUCUCUCUGAUGCUUCAGAGCUUGCCAAGCAAAGACAAUCAUUUGAGAGAUACUCAAUGACAUCCAAAGAUACAUGGCUUUGUAAAAUCACUUCUUCUGAUGGCCGCACAACUUGGAAGUGUACUUAUCCAGCUUCGGAAGAGGGAAAAACCCACUUGGACAAACCAAUUGUUGAAAGAGCUGUGGCCUACAAUACUGCAAGUGGAGAGCGAGAAAUUCGUAGAUUUUUGAAUUUGCAACAGGAUAUGACUUCCGAGGCAAGAACUGGCAAGAAAUUGGCAACCUUGGAUGAGGACCUACGAUCAAGAUUAGGCGUUGUUCCAUUUGCUAAAUUUGACAUGACUGAAACAUUUGUUUCCGUUUCUCCAUUAAUUAACUAUGCUGCUAUUAGCGUCACAUUGAAUGAAUCUUCUUUUGGAUACAAGUUGGGCUCUCUCAAUUGCCAUGUCAAUAAUGCUACUCAGGAAAUGGCUCGAGACUUGGCUAUUCACUUGAUGCGUAUCUUAAAGUCAACCAAGUUGGACAAGCUUCAAUCACCUUCCUUGAGAACCACCAUUCAAGAAUACUUGUAUAGAAAUCGUCCAAACACUCACUACAAGGUGCUCUUAGACGCUGGUAUUCGUGAUGAUAGAUUGAUGAACAAGGAAUAUGCUCAAGAAGUAUUGAAUGCUUCUUUGGAAAAGAGAGGCAUAACCCCUCCUGCUGAAGAAGAGGAAGAGGAAAGCAAGUAG